AUGGCCCUUGUAUUGCGCUUCGGGCUCCUGAUGGUGAUCCAGGUCGUCCCGACCGUCCAGCGUGGAACACAUGAGCUGACAGAGCCAGCAGUGCCGGCAACUCGAAUUGGUGUCGCUAUUCUUCCAAGCGUCAGCCGUGGCGGCAACAGCGAUGCUCAGAAGGACGACUUGGGGGACUCUACUCUCGACCAAGGGCGGAUCCUUGAGUGGCUCGCCGUCUUCGGCAGCUUCGGGGCUUGCCUCAGCGCCCUUGCUUGGUUCUGCGGUACCAGCUGCCGGCGGCGCUGGAACAACGGCUACCAGCUCGUGGCCGACUCCACACAUGCCAUGCUCAUCCUGCCGGAUGACACGCCCUUGAUGGAGGGGGACAGCGUGCAGUACCUCACUGGUGGCGGCAAGCGUCCUGCUCAGGAUUGA